AUGGAAUCACCAUCACAAGGGGCUCAUAGUCCCUCUACGUCGUCCGACCAUCUCUUGCUCGGGCCUCAUAAGUCGAGGGAGGUCCACACUUCAACGAAGACAAAUCGAGGAAACAACACGGCAGCGCUGGACCAAAUUCAUAAUGCUGCAGCUUACCAAACCGACUCAUUGACUCUCUUCAACGAUUUUACCACCCCUCCGGCGUCUCUGCCUCUACCGGACGACAAGCUUGUCUCGGAAGAGUUGCAAGGUGGAUUCAGUGGUCUCUACAGCCGGCUCAGGACAUCCGUUGGAGGCAUGCGAGAUAUUGUCAGUGGCGGGACAAAGACUAUCGACCAAAAUGCCGGCGAAGGCUUCUCAAUCAAGAGUCCGACCUCGGAGCGUUCAAUGUCGAAGUCGAUUUCAGAUCUUACCAUUGGUUCAGCCGACGGCCAACAAUCGUACCCAAAUUCUUCCCAGGGCUCCAGGGUGCAUUCUCCACUUGUGCCUGUUUUCCAUGCAGCUGCCGAGCCGUCUCAGCAUUCGGCCAUCAGCAAAGGCGUCAAGAGUCCCACAAAAAGCUCCAGCAUCUCCUCCAAGUCUUCCGCACCUCCUGCUCUCGGAAUGAAACCCAAUCUUGCUUCAUUAACCAAGUCCACUGGCAGCUCCUAUGCCGUAGACCCCGCGAUCACUCAGAUUAAUGUCAGCGCCGUAGGACAGUCCCAUCAUUCACGCAGCAGCUCACUCAAUGUACCCGCGCGAAGCUUUCAGCAUGCUGAGUCGGGCAGUAUUGGAAGUCGGGAUCUGGCGCAAGACAUGCCAGCCAGUCAAUCUUCUUCGGUCAAGAAUCCGAGCUCCACGCAUUCGCCUGUGAUGACCACCUCAACGAUUGGGACUGGAGAGAAUGAAAACGAGAAACACAGUCUGCUUGAUUCCAACGGUUCGAUGUUUCCGACAAAUCAAAAUCACGAGAAAAAGCCCCGGAAAUCCUCAAAUGCAGAUCAGUCCAAGGCUAAUAGUCGCGUUCCUGUGUCCACCACAGCGGGGAACUUGAAGCCAGCAGAUUCCACUUCUGAGUCAAAGAUACAAAGCAGGGAGGGCGCGCUCUCUGUGAACUUCUCUCUCGACGGACACGAUGAAUCUUCAACGCCAUCUUCACAGCCACUAAAUACCAAUUCAAAGGCCUCAUCUCCGAAUGGGAGUUCUUCUGCCGUGAAUUUGCUCCAGGAUGGUGUGGCUCUGAAGUCACGAAAUGAAGUCCUCAUCACUGCCCCUGCGAGAGCUUCUCUCGAUUCAGCGUCGGCUGCUUUCUCAGCGAAACCAUUAUUGCCACCCGCCAAAGUUCGCUCACCACAUCCCAUGUUGUCACGAGCUUCUACAGGAGGUAGUACAAACACUGCCUCGUCCUUGCCGCCUCUCAAUACCUCGUUGCCUCGCCUUCCAGCCAAGGAACCUAGGAGCAAGCGUCAACAGACCACAGGUGAUGGGGUUCUUUCUCAACUGAGGAGUAGACUGCUGAGCAGAGAUUUCUGGAUGCGCGACGAAAAUGCAAAGGAUUGUUUUCAUUGCGGAGAAUCCUUUACAACGUUUCGUAGAAAACAUCAUUGCCGCACUUGUGGCCAGAUAUUCGACUCCAAGUGCACACUUCUUGUGCCGGGGACCAAGUUUGGGCAACCUGGAACCAUUCGUGUUUGCAAACCCUGCGAAGCAAUGAUCAAUGCUCAUGAAGACGAUUCUUCUGAAUAUUCCGAUAGCGAACAGAGCCCGAUAAUGGUCACUCCUCGGUUUUCUGACAUUGGCUGGGGUGGCACUGGUUCCCGGUCUACAUGUGAUGAUGAUGAUGCAUCGUCCGUAAAAUCGCAGUCGAUUGACCAAAUACUCAAAACACCAACGAUGGCUAUUCCCGCGACACGCCGAGCUGGCGAGGGUCACAACAGUCGGUCGGCAGUUCUGGAAAUCAACUCGGACCGUCCCUUGACUCGUCCUACUUCGUCACGGUCACUGCGCUCUUCCUUAGGAGUUCGGCCUCAUUCUAUAGGUCACAAGCGGCACCACUCUCGACAACAGUACAUCCGCAGUUUCAAACCGUCUCACGAGGAACGUGCACCCUUUCAAAGACGCCAUCAAGAGGAUCUUGGCAUCGAAUCCAGGUUGCCGGCCUUCCAUAAAGACAACAUUAUUGACCCCGAUCUAGCGCAGUAUCUUUCAGACGAUGCAUCGAGUGGGGAUGAGCAGCCCAGCAUAAUAUCAGCCGUCUCCGAGGGCAACCUUUCCAAAAGCGGCGGUGAACAAGACAGGAGUGUGGGCCUUGGUGGAUUUCUUGCGGCCAUGAAAAAAGGCCGGUCUGCGUUUGGUGAUAAGACCACACCCAGCAUCAACCACUCAGUCCGUGAUGGGGAUGACGCAAGUAUCACCAGCUCCAAAGCAGUCAACUUGCCACGCUCAUCGCGACGUCGAAAUUUAAGCGUUGCCAGUAGCGUUCACGCGCGUAACUCUCCGCGAACCUCGAAGGAGACAGUAUACCCUCCCGAUCCGGCUUUUCCUGCUAUUCCAAUAAUCACUGGGCUCAAACAGCCAGGGUUCAAGAUGACUCGAAGUUCAUCAAUGAGAAGGACUGGAACCCCGCCUAUCGAGCUCAACAAGGCCAGUCGGGAACAUGUGCAAAAGCUCCUGCGGCAGUUACUUCAGGCAGCAUCAUUACCGAGCGUUGAGAGUUGGGAGAAAGCUCUUACGCCUGUUCUUUUGAAAGCAGCGGAUGAGGUUGACCCUGAUGUCCAGCGGGGGGAUGACAUGGACAUUCGGCAUUACAUCAAGUUGAAGAAGAUUCCCGGGGGAAGGCCUGGCGACACCUCUUACGUCUCCGGUCUAGUCUUCACGAAGAACUUGGCGCUCAAGAGCAUGCCUAGAAGCAUACCUCGCCCCAACAUUCUCAUCAUCACUUUUCCCCUCGAAUAUGCGCGCCAACAACAACAAUUCAUGAGUCUAGAACCUGUCAUUCGUCAGGAACGCGAGUUCUUGGAGAAUCUUGUCAGUCGAAUCGCCGCUUUGCACCCAAACCUCUUAUUGGUCGGGACAAAUGUAUCAGGCUUGGCACUCGCGCUUCUUGAGCAGGCUGGAAUCGCGACAGCCUACAAUGUGAAAGCGUCAGUUCUUGAGGCAGUGUCGCGAUGUACUCAGACAAGAAUCGUCACGUCCAUGGACAAGCUCCUCACGACCGAGAUUCGAAGUGAAUGCAGCAGCUUCGAUGUCAAAACGUAUGUACACAAUGGUCGAAAAAAGACAUACAUGUACAUAUCCGGCUGCCCUAAGGAGCUUGGUUGUACUAUUGUUCUACGGGGUGGUGGAGAAGACACGCUCGGGAAGGUCAAGCAAAUCACCGAGUUCAUGGUCUAUGUGGUAUACAACCUCCGACUCGAGACUUAUCUCAUGCGAGAUGAGUUUGCGAAGUUGCCGGCAUUGACAGCAGCCUCAGAAGCGACUGAUACAAACGAGGAUUCCCCUGUUGAGAAGGUGACCGGCCAUCAAGUGGCUGAACCAUGCAACUCUGGAGGCAGAGACUUGGACACUUCGAAGAAGCCCUCUGAAACCCAAGAAAAGCCAUUGGCCGUGUCAACAGAGACUAUUGACGUGCCAGACGAUGUUCCAAUGCCUACAUAUCAUGAUGAUUUACUCCACGAUCACCAAACGAAGAUACUGUCUGCCUCACCAUUCGUCAAAUUUGAGCCCCCUUAUCUACUCAUGCGGACAAGAGAAAUGGAAAGACGAUUGGAGUAUCUCAAGCGCCUUCGCGAUCAAGUCCACGUAUCUGAGCAAGGUCCAGAGGAACAAGCUAAACCUCAAAAAUUUGUGCUUAUCACUCCCCAGAUGGUGCAAGCAUCCCCACAUGAUGCAUCGCCAAAGGUUAAAGAAGUCCUUCGUGCAGCGCACGAUGCCGAAUACGACCGCGCUCUUUAUCACUAUCAAACACAAAAGAGGCAGUGGGAGGCAUACGUGUCCGGCAAUUCAAACAUGUUCGAUCCUUAUGCUCAUCAAAACAUCGUGGUUCUCUUCAGUUUAGUCUGCACAUCGACCUCGGUGCCAUGCUCCGGACCGGACACUUUCGCACUAGAAUUCUAUAACGAGCAUGGCGAUGACACCAUUUUUGAACCCGAUUGUACAAUUGGGCAAUACGUUGAAGAUCUUUGUCACACUGCGAAUGUAGUGUGCAAUGUGUAUGGAUGUGAAAAACGCAUGUUCGAACACCAUCGGCAAUAUGUUCACGGGGAUGCGCAAAUUAGUGUCCUUGUGCAACCACAUCCAUCCAAGCUGCGGGGCAUGCAAGAAACCAUCCUCAUGUGGAGUGUUUGCAAAGUUUGUGGUAACGAGACCCAGGUGACAUUAAUGUCCGAAAAUACUUGGAAAUAUUCGUUCGGAAAGUAUUUGGAAGUCUCCUUUUGGGGACGGAACAUGCAUGCCCGUGCUGGAGUAUGUCCACACGAUCUUCAAAGAGACCACCUGCGCUAUUUUGGCUUCAAAGAUAUCGCUAUACGCGUUCAAUAUGAUCCGAUUCACCUCUUGGAAAUCGUCGUUCCGCGUCCCCGCGUCACCUGGAAGGUGGACAAUGACUUGAAAUUGAGGAAUCAGGUUUAUUCGGACACCGCAGACAGGCUAAGCAAGUUCAUGAGAUCCGUCCAGGUGCGGCUUAAGGGCAUCAAUGUUGAAAGUGUCUUGCCCGAGCUGUUGGAUGAAUGCAGGAGAAAGAUUGACAGUCUCCACAAGAAAGCGCAGGAUGAUAAUGCAGCACUCAGAGAAUGUUUGCAAGAAAAAUACACCAAUUCCCGUUACUGGGAGGUGAUACCCCUGAAUGAGGUCCUUCGGGCAAUCCAGGAGAAAGUGGUCGAAUGGGACAUAAUUUUUGCCGACUUUGAAAGGAGCUUCUUCCCCUCGGAAAAAGAUAUCAAAAGGCUAGCAACAUUGCAGCUGAAGAAGAUUUUCUUGGAUAAAGAUGCGACGUCAAUGACAACUGAAGACGGGAUACAAACGCCGGCUGGCAUUGAGGAUGAGGUCACCACGACCGACGAGAAUAAGCCACGUAUGAUGAGACGGAUGACGCUUUCCCCAGAAAAGGCUCAAAACGUGCUUGUCUCUGUUGUUGAGGAGCACACGGGGAAAAAACAGCGCGGAGAUUUUGCUGAUCCCCAGAACUUGCGCCCGUUGCCCCUGACAAGUGACGAAUCCGCCUUUGAAGCUGAUGCUGGGGAUCAAAUGGAUCGGUCCCCGCAGGACAGAGCCGUCAUACAAGAAGAAGUCCGGCACCUUGACCUGGCGGUGCCUUCUAUCCAAUCAGAGCGACCAAUGGAUAGCACUCCUCCGGCGCCAGAGUUCAAUCGCCAGAAGCUAGACGGUGCGGUGUCGCUUGAGGAUAGUACGCCUCCAGACAUUAAAGAAGAUAGAUCGACCUUGAUCCUACUACCAUCAGAGUCUAUUGAUAUUAUUCAUGAGCAAAAAGAUGACAACCGCGUUUCUGAGCUUUCGAAUACCCCACCGAAUCGACCAUCAGCCAUCCCAAGGCUUGCUGAGGCGGCUUUCAGGCGUUCUGGAAAAGCCCGGUCGCCUCCUUUGGUUCGAGCACACUCUCAGCCAGCACACCUUUUGCGGGAAAAAUCUUUUGGUGCAAGAUUGAGCCAGACAAACUCCAAUGAGUCAACCGGCUCACGUGGGGAUUCAAGCAAGCAGUCGGAUAAGAAACUCACAGACCGGCUUGGGAUUACUGCUUUAAAGAGUGGACGCUUUGCGUCGGGCCAGUCACUCAUUCCUCGGUCAACCCCGAAACGAGGGAGUUCACGAGUCUCUAACCUUGCAAAGCAUUUUGAACAAUUGAGUCGAGAGUUUGAGAAGGAACGACAACGUGAAAGGAAACAAAGGGCGGCGCGUGGCUCUUACUCGCGCGCCUUCCCGCGCGCUUCUUCAAAGCCUAUCGUCGAAGUUUACCGAAAUGUGAAAGAAGCUGUUGAGGAACGGGAGCCACACGUGGAGAUUGACUCUCAGCAGUCAGUCGCACGAGCAAGGACCUCUGAUGAAGGGAGCCAUCAGAUCAACGAAGAAUUCGGCCACCAGGGACCGAUGGAAACGCCUGCUGGCUCUCCGCCGCAAGAGUCAUUCCGGGGGACGUUCGAUCCUCCUGAAGUUGAGCGUGCAGAGCCUCAGCAUGUGUCCGAUGCCGAGCAGGAUGAUGGUCGCAGUGACGAAGAGCAUAAUAUCACCGAAGAUCUACAUCGCGAGGACUCUCAAGAUGAAGUCAAAACAAUCCCUGAUGACGAGUCAAUUGACUUCAAGGACCUUCCGAAGCACGAGAGAACGACUUUGCUGAAGAUGCUGACCAACUUUUGGUCAGAACGAUCUGCAAGCGGAUGGACUGCCCUUGAAUAUCCUCUUAGCACGGGCGAUCAUGUUUUUUCCGACUGUAACAUCAUCGUGCGUGAGGACGAACCGAGUUCACUUAUCGCAUUUGCAUUGGAUUCCUCUGAUUACAAGGAGAAGCUAGCGAGCAUACAGGAAAAGUGGGAUGAAGUGGGAGAUCAACCUGCAGAACUUUCAAUGGACCAGGAGACGGUUUAUCAAGCACGCUUGGAGCAUGCACUUCUCCGGCAAACGGGCACCCAUCUCAAAUACCAAUUUCAAGAAGGACAGGCAAAGAUGCUGUGUAAAGUUUUCUAUGCAGAGCAAUUCGAGGCACUCCGCAAGAAGUGCGGUGUCGCUGAUCGAAUUGUGGAAUCGCUCUCUCGAUGCCUCAAGUGGGAUUCCAAGGGAGGUAAAACCAAGUCGAUUUUCUUGAAGACCCUGGAUGAUCGAUUUGUCUUGAAGUCAUUGGCCCCAGUUGAGACACAGGCGUUUUUGAAGUUCGCGCCUGCAUAUUUCCAAAUUAUGUCCGAAGCGCUCUUUCACGAUCUGCCAUCAGCUAUCGCCAAGAUGUUUGGUUUUUAUCAAAUCAUCAUCAAAAAUCCAGCGACUGGUAUCGAGCAGAAUUGCUUCUUGCUUCUGAUGGAGAACCUGUUCUACGAUCGCGCCCCCAACCGUCUUUUCGAUCUGAAAGGAUCGAUGCGCAAUCGCAAAGUGGAGAGCACUGGCGAGCAAGAUGAGGUUUUGCUUGAUGAGAACAUGGUAGACUUCAUCUACGAGACGCCCUUAUUCGCUCGUGAGCACUCGAAGAAGCUCCUCAGCCAAAGCGUCUGGAAUGACACCCUGUUCCUCGGCCGGCAAAAUGUCAUGGAUUACUCAUUGAUGAUCGCCAUCGACGAAAAUCGCAGUGAGUUGGUGGUAGGCAUUAUCGAUUGCAUCCGAACGUACACGUGGGACAAAAAACUUGAGUCUUGGAUCAAAGAUCGCGGUUUUGCCGGUGGCGGUCGCAAUCGUCCCACAGUGACGAGUCCGAGAGAGUACAAGAGUCGUUUUAGAGAGGCUAUGGCCAGAUACGUCCUCCAAGCACCGAGUUGCUGGCACCAAUUCCAGUCCAGCAUCAUGUACAGACAUCCCCAGGCCGAUCACUCCUUUGUCAGUCCAAACGAUCCAGAUACUUUUGAUGGGUCAGAACUACGCGGUUCUCAAUGA